AUGCUUCCAAAAGGUUUAAAGAGUAAAACAAAUAAUAAACCACCAUCACUCACUUUAAUGUCAUCAUCACCAAAGAAAUCACCAUCUUCAGCAACAAAUAAAGAAAAAUCUAUAUCUUCAACUCUUUCCCAAAAUUCGUUAUCAGUUUCAUUAUCUACUGUUGCCACCGAUGAACUUGAAAUAUUGUCUAAUAAUGAUAACAGAGCAGAUAGUAAAUCAAUCGUUACUUCAUCGACCGUAAUUACUAAUAAUAAUAACAUGAAUGCUAGAGUUAAUAAAAAAAUGAAGGAAUUACCUGAAAACUUGAGAUUAAAUGGGAAAACACCAAGUGGGAAGGUUAGAUUAUUCGUUUGUGAAAUUUGUACAAGAGCAUUUGCAAGACAAGAACAUUUAGUUAGACAUGAAAGAUCACAUACUAAAGAAAAACCUUACAAUUGUGGGAUUUGUAGUAAAAAAUUCACGAGAAGAGACCUUUUAAUUAGACAUGCUCAAAAAGUUCAUAAUGGGAACGUUGUUGAUACAGUGGCUGCGUUGAAGGCACCUUUAUCAUCAACUGCUUCAGCCUCUACAUCAAGAAGGAAAUCUUCCAUCAGUAAUAAGAAAACAAAGUCAAAUCGGAAAAUCUUAAAGAGAAGGGCAUCGUUUAGUGCACAAUCAGCAAAAAAUUAUGCAAAUGCGGAAUUGAAAAAUUUCGAUAUUAGAAAUUCUAUUGAAAAAAUAGCUUUUUCAACUCCAGAAUUAUUGCCGAUUGACUUUAGAAUUAAUGAUCCAUUUCUCUCAAAUGAUAAUCUCAAUUUGAACAUUAAUAAUAAUGAUAAUGAUAACAACUCCAAUUUAAAUGUUAAUCCAUUUAUCUCUAAUCAUUUUCAAGGAGAUUUCUUAAACAGUAUUAAUUACGCCAACAAUAAAACUAAUAAUAAUAAUAUUCAUCAUUCAACAACGGCUAAUAUUCCAAUCGAAUUUUCGUUAUUGGACUCAACCAAUUGGGUCAAUGAUUAUAAUAAUAAUAAUAUCCCAUCUACUUCAGCAUCAGAUGAAAGAACAAGUCCAUUAGAGAAAAUACAUGAAGAAAAUGAAGAGGCUCAACCAGAUAUACAACAGCAUACACAACAGCUUGUUGUACCAUACCAACCUUUGAACCUCCGUACAACUUCGUCUUUGACUUUAGAAGAUAAUAAUGAUAAAAUAGAAGUGAAAUCCUUAUUUUCUAAUAAUACAAAAGAUAUAAUUGAUGAAAUCAAUCAAAGAGCUAACAAACUGAACAAUAAGUUAGAUGAAAAUUCAAAUCUCGAUUCUACUUCAAAUAUUUUCACUCCACCUUCCAUUUCUCCAUUUGACUUUGAUAAAUUAUCUUCCUUGGGAGAUUUAUUUCCAUCUCAAAUAAAUGAGGAAGAUCCUUUCAAUUUACAAAAUCCAACUUUUGUAGAUCUCUUCCAAACAGAUUUUUCAUUAAUUGGCAAUGAUAUCGGCAUCGAAAAUCGAUUUUCAAAUUUAAAUCAACAAAUUCCAACCCCAUUAGAUAAAAUAACCACAAGUGGGAACCCAUAUUUCCAUGAUUUAUUUAGUAAUAACCAUAGUAAUAUUGGUAAUAGUGACUCUAGCACUAAUAUCCAUAACAACAUUACAAAUGAUGGUUAUUCUAGUUCUGAAGCUUUACUUCAAACAAACUAUAUUGAUCCACGUCUUCAACUUAAUAAUAAUAAGUCAUCAAUGUCGUCGUCAUCUACAACAAAUGCUGAUGGAUUUUAUGAUAGUAAUAAUAAUCCCACUUUACCAGCUCCAGUACCAAUCCUUUUCACAUCGAAGUUAUACAAUAUGUGUACAAUUGUACUAAAUUAUUUCAAUAAGAAUAAAUCUAAUAACUCUCAGCAUAGUACGGUGCCAACAACUGUAAUCUUACCUGAUUGUGAUGAAUUGAAUGACUUACUGAUUUAUUUCGAAAAACAUUUCCUAUCUCAUUAUCCAUUCAUCCAUAAAGAUAUUUUUAACUUCGAUUUCUUAUCAUUAACUAAAUACGUUUACGAAAUAGAUGAUGAUUUAAUAAUUGAACAAAAAUUAAAUGAGGGGAAUGAAAUGUUGAAAUUCGCAAGUUUAGUUUGUUUACCAUUAUUCAUGUGUACUUUUGGUUCCACUUUUAAACAUGGUGGCAGCAAUCCUAAGACUAAAGAACUUUAUGAGGCAAGUAGAAGAGUCCUUAGUGUUUAUUUAGAAGUCAAAAAGGAAAAUCAAAAUAAUCAUAAUAAUAUCAACAAAAAUAACGAUAGUUCUUCUUCAUCAUCUACCGCUGCUCCUAAUAACAAUACAGAGAAUCCAACUCAACAUAUUUGGUUGAUCCAAUCUUUAACUUUAUCCAUCAUGUUUGCAUUUACUGCUGAUUAUUCACAUAAAAUUGAUACUGAAUUAUUGAAAAGACAAUUGUCAGCAAUUUGUUCUAUUAUAAGAACAAAUUUCCUAAGAGAAAUAUCAAUAUCACUAACUAAGAAUCAUGACGAAUUAAUAUUCAGUUCAGCUUUUGAAUAUGUUAUGUUUGAAUCCAAAAUAAGAUGUACUGUAAUGAUUUAUAAGUUUUGUCAAUUCUUAGAAAUUUUUUUCAAUUUCCAUUCCAAAUUAUUCAUUAAACAAAAUGAUAUUCAAUCUAUUUGUAUUCCAGAUGAUGAAAUCAUUUGGAAUAUGUCACCACUUUUACUUACAAUGAAAGAUCCAACUUUGAGAAUAAAGGACAGGAAACAGCAUCCUGUUACUUUCCAACAAUUUUAUAACAGUUUUGUUUUCAAUGAUACUGGAUUGAAUAUGAUUCCUGAAUUUUUAGCCACAGCAAUGUUAUUUUAUGAGUACUCAUCUAAUAAAAACUCAUCAAAUUUCCAUAUCUUUUUGACUAAAAUUGAUACCAAGAAACUAGAAAUUAAUAUAGCACAACCUUUGGUUUCAAAUUCUCCUAAUUUUGAUUCCAAUAGCGAUGACAAUAAUUUCAGUCGCCUUCCUUAUUUCAAAAUAUCACCUUCCAAGAUAAUGAAACAAGAUGCUACUGUAGUUAAAAAUUGUUUAAUGACUAUCUAUUUCUUUAAUGGUAUUGAUCAAAGAUUCAGUUCUAAGAUUUGGGAAAAUCAAAUCCCAUUGAUAUUCAAUGAAUUUUUAAGUUCAAGAAAUAAUAAUUUGUUGACUAAAGGUUCUUACAGUUUAUUGACUAAUUUCUUAAUCUCCUUAAAUUGUUCCAUCCAAAAUAUAUCAAAGCUAAUAUCAUUCGAUAAAUCAACGGAUAAAAUUGUCUUCAAUACAUCUAAAUUUUCACUUUUCAACAUUCAAGGCUAUUAUUAUAAUUUCCUAAGUAUCAUUAAAUUCUUAUUAGAUUUUGAAGAAACACCAAAUUUCAAGUUAUUGUGCAUCUUUACUGAAUUGAACAAAUUAGCAAAUAAAAUUUUCAUCCCUGAAUUUUUAAACAUUUGUCCACAAUUUUUUGAAAAAUUUGACGAUAUUAAUAAAUUGAAAUCAGAAGCCAACUCAGCUACAAGACUCUCGUCAAUUAAUAUCGAGAAAUUGGAAAAGUUAAUUGAUAAUGUCUUAGUAUAUUCAUUUAAUGAUACAUCAUAUUUGAACAUGUCAGAACAAACGACCAAUGAAUUUUUAUUUGGUGUUGAUCAUUCCAACCUCAAUUUCAAUACAACUGUUGAUAAUGAUGAUGAUAACAAUAUUACUAGGAAUAAAAUCCAUAAUAAUAAUAAACGCACGAUGGGUCAAUCGUCAGCUACACAAUCAUCAGUGGAUUUGGUUUCACUUCAAAGAAAACACGCUGAUAAUAGCAUGGAUAUGGGCAAUCAUUUCCAUAAUAUUAAUAAGAAUCAUUGUGUUAAUAAACAGACAUUUGAAAAAAGAUAUCAUCUUUCUACUAAAUAUAUUGUUAUUGCGAAGAGUUUCUUCACUUUCGUUAAUGAAUCCUACGUUCAAUGGCAUUUCAUUGAUAAAAUUAUAAAUGAUUUUAAAGAAUUGGAAAGAUUACUAAGUUUCGAACUUAAUGAACGAUCAUUAUCUAAAUUAAAAUUAGAAGCAUUCAACUAA